AGCGUUAUUCUGAACGCUGAGCUAAUUAACAGAGAGCCCAGGUGUCUGUGCUCCUGACAAACAUGUCUCUGAUUAGGCUGCUCCUAGCACACACUGCCACGGUGUCUCUGGCUUUAGUUUUAACUGGUUUUAUGUUUUUAUACUUUUAGUCGAAAUCCUCCAAGUCGUCUAAUUACAACUUCCCCCCCGGCCCGCCGGCUCUACCUGUUAUUGGGAACCUGAACAUUUUGGACCUGCACCGGCCGUACAAAACGCUGAGUAAGCUCUCAGAGACGCACGGCAAUGUGUUCACCUUCCACAUGGGUCCCAAGAAGUACGUCAUUUUGACAGGCUAUGAGGCGGUCAAGGAGGCUCUAGUAACCCAAGCAGACGACUUCUCAGAGAGAGGCCAGACGCACAUUACAGAAAAAUUCUCUAAAGGCGGGAAUGGUAUUGUCUUUGGUAAGGGGGAGUCCUGGAAGGUGAUGCGUCGAUUCACCCUCUCCACUCUGCGGGACUUUGGGAUGGGGAAGAGGACCAUUGAGGACCGGAUCAUCGAGGAGUCCCAGAGACUGGUGGAGGUCUUCCAGUCCCACAAAGGAAAACCCUUUGACCCGCAAAUCAUCAUCAACUCUGCUGUCUCCAACAUCAUCUGCUCUAUCGUGUUCGGAGACCGCUUCGACUACAGCGACGCACAGUUCCUGAAUCUGCAAAGAAUGCUGAAUGAGAACAUCAGGCUGAUUGUGAGCCCCAAGACACAGCUGUAUAACAUGUUUCCUUUCCUGGGCUGCUUCCUGUCCGAUCACAAGAAGGCUCAUACAAACGGAACAAUACUGCUGGAGUACUUUAGAAAUGCAUAUAAGGAUUGUAAAGACGGUGUGGACAGCAAUGACCUGAGGAGCUUCAUUGACACGUUCAUCUCCAGGCAGAGAGAAGAGGAGGCCAGAAAUUCCAACAAGUAUUUCCACGAGGAAAACAUGGUUGCCACCGUGGGGAACCUGUUUGCUGCAGGGACUGAGACCACCUCUACCACCCUGCGCUGGGGGCUGCUGCUCAUGAUGAAGUACCCCCACAUUCAGGACAAAGUCCAGGAGGAGAUUGAGAGUGUGAUUGGGAGGGAGCGCCCCCCGCAGGUCGAGGACAGGAAGAGCAUGCCCUACAUGGACGCCGUGCUGCACGAGAUCCAGAGAGUGGGCAACGUGGUGCCCAUGAACCUGCUGCACGAGACCAGAGUGGACACAACCUUCCGGGGGUACAGGAUACCCAAGGGUACCCCGGUGAUCCCGCUGCUCUCCUCCGUGCUCUCUGAUAAGACACAGUGGGAGACCCCUCACCAGUUCAACCCCAACCACUUCCUGGAUGUGCAGGGCAAGUUUGUCAAGAGAGACGCCUUCAUGCCCUUCUCAGCAGGUCGGAGGGUGUGUCUUGGAGAGACCCUUGCCAAGAUGGAGCUCUUCCUCUUCUUCACCAUGCUCCUGCAGAAGUUUCACUUCCGCCCGCCCCAGGAGGUCAGCCCUGAGCAACUGGACCUCAAACCCACCCCUGGCCUCACCUCCGGACCCCAGCCCUUCCAACUGUGCGCCCUGAGCCACUGAGAAACCCUGUGAUACUGCGACCCUGCCUUACUACAUCUGCUAGACCUUACUACAGCCACAGACCCCUCACACUGGACUCUUCAGCCACUGAGAGCCAGAGAGACCCAACCUUACUGCAGCCAUGAGAACCCUCAAACAGGACUGUACUCUGUCGGCCAAAUGAUAAAUGAGGCGUGAGAAAGUUAAAGGGGAAGUCUCAUGUAAAUCGUUUGUUGGCUUAGUCACAGUUCAAGCGUUCACACAGGUUUUAGGAACUAAAAAAAAAAGAUCUUGCCACUGACUUUUUCAGUUGGAGCCUACUGCUGUUGCUCCCAAAGACCCGGCCUUCCAACGACUCCAGGUCACUGCGACGGUCCUGUCCGGACCUCCCAAUCAGCUCGGCACCGGGCGAGCCUACCUGUUUGAUUGGUUGCCUAGCAAUGCGUCUCCUGUUCCGCGUCCCAGCUGCACACAUUUACGCAAGAACUAGCGGCAGGGCCUUCCCUGUCACAAGCCUCCAGGUUUCUGUCUCACUACAUGAUCAUUUUGCAACAUGAGAGCUCAGUGGCAUAUCAUGCUGGGUACCUGCAGCAUAGCAGUCCGCACAUGCAAAUAACUAGAACGAGGAAAGGCAAGCACUCCUCAGAUAGUUCACUUGCACUUCCAUUUGAUCUCACAAAGCCCCAAUGAGACUUCCCCUUUAAUGAAUGCAUGUUCUGGUUGAACACCCAACAUCUUCCUGUGUAAUGAUAUUAUGUCCAAAAAGAAACAAAGAUCAGGACUGUAAUAACAAUACAAAGGUGUGUGUGGGGUGGGGUGGGGGAUCUGAAUAAAUCAGGAGAUUAAUAUAGAAAUAGCAAACCCACUUAAUAGCUGUUAAUGUCACAUAUUAUCACCACAUUGAAAUGUCUCGGCCAGAAUGUAAUAGGAGUCAAUGGAAAUAAUCUCCUGAUUUUAAUGUCACUUUGGUUAUUAUCACUGGAAAAUAAUGGUGUAAGAUUAGAAAGUUUGCUUGUAACUAAGUUUCUGUUCAGCUUCAAAGUGUUCCAACACAUAAAGUAACACAAUAACACA